UAUGCGAUCAGAAAAGAAUCAAGAUAAAAUGAAAGAAUUGGAAUUGAAUGAUAUAUUUCUUGAAACAAACAAAAAGGAAAUGAAAGAUGAGGAAAGUGAACUGGGUUUCUCUUGUAUGGGUCAGGAUUUGGACGAUUUGAAUUCUAGAUUGGAUUUCAUUGUGGAUCUUGUUUGUUCUUCUAAAGAAAAGUGUGUUGGUGGGUAUUCAAGUGACGGAAAGUUGAGUGAUAUUGGAGGGAUUGGGAAUUUGACUGAAGAAUGUAUGCAGAUCACACCACCAGAGGUGGAAGGAAAUGGUAGCAAAAAUGGUGAGAUUUUGAAUGAAAGUGGUCGAAGAGGCCAGAGCUCUGUGGCUGUGGGUAUUCAUGCCAAUACUGAAAAGAGCAAUGGUUCCAUUUCUAAGAGUAAAUUGGCUGUUAAUUCAUCUAGAAGAGGGAAGGUAUUCAAAUCUCCGAGCUCAUUUAGCUAUAGAAGAUUGCUACCCUUCUUGACGAACAUUGCUAAUGAUAAUUCAAGUGUGCCAAAAAUUGAGAUAGUUGAUGCAGGCUUUCCUUGCAAAGUUCAGAACAUAAACCAUAUAAACCCCAAAUUGCAAUCAAUUGGUGAAAAUUACUGUGCAGUCAAAGAGGAGGACACUUGUGUGCAUUCUAGUGUUAGAGAGCCACUAGAAAAUGAAUGGAUUAAGAAAUCCGAUACCCUUUUGCCAUGUGAUAAUCAUGAUUUGGUUACUAUAGGGCCUAGAGAUAUUUAUUUGGCUCAAUCUGGGCAGAAUAUUAACGCCCAAGAUGAGCAGAGAAGCCAUGAAGAUGAUGUGCUUUCAAAUAAAGCUGAUGAUUCAAUUGAAGUAUGUCUUCAGAUGACACCACCAGAUGCCGAUAUCUUCAGUAAUCCCGAGGUGGAUGAUAGCAGGACAUGUGAGGAAGGUAAUGAUUUGCAGGCCAAGGGUUCUAUAAUUGGGAAGCCAUCAAAUGGAAGUAUUAGCAGAAAUGAUGGCAGUGCUUCUGAGAGUUGUGUCCGUGUCCUGAGAAAUCACUCUGCUUUAAAGAAUAAACUGGUUCUUAAUCCAUGUUCCCGACUGAAGGUAUUCAGAACUCCAAGUUCAGUCAGCUACAGAAGAUUGCUUCCAUUUCUGAUGGAUAUGGCGAAAGAUGGUUCUUGUACUCCAAAAACUAGACAAUGCCCAAAAUCUGAGAAGGGUUUAGAAGAAAAUCCAAAAUCACCUUUGAUAAUUUCUCCCCAUCAAGAGACUCACAUGAAUAAAUCUGGCACUGAAAGUUUUUGCAGGGAACACCAUACUGCAGAUAAAGAGGAGAAUAUGCAAACAGCUGCAUUAACUUCAACUGAUGACUGUUGUGAUGAUACUAAUCUAAGUUUUCCUAUUGCUGUGUUGACUUCCCCCAGUGGUUCACCUAAUACUGAUGAGCUAAAUUUGGCAUCAUCUGCUGAGCCUCACAUGCCAUUAGAUUCACGGGUGGAAGGGGCAUCACCACUUGGAGAGGUUAAAACAGAUAGCCCUGAAAAAUUGGAAGGAGGAUCUUCCCAGGAUAAUCUUGGUUAUGGUUCUGGAGCAAAUCUUUCAGCUGCGAUGUUAUGCUCCUUUGUAAAUCUUGAAACUUUGCAUGGAACAGUUGAUGCAGAAGUCUCACCACAUGACUCAAUUAAUACCAAGAUGGGUCCCAUUGGUAUGUGGACAGAUUGCCAUAAAGAUGAUGGAAAUCUAGUGAAAACAGUUAGCUUGAAACAGGUCACAAAGGAUGACCCCAGGUUGGAACCAGAAUGUUCCCAUGAUGUUGUUAUUGAUGGUCAUGAAACAAAUCAUUCAGUUAUGACAUUAUGUUCAGUUGUAAAUCAUGAAACUUUUAAGAGAAAAUGCAAUACAGAAAUCUCACAAAAUGGCCCAGUUAACACUGCAAUAGAGCCCACAGCUAUGCAGACAGAUUGCACUGAAGACAAUCGAAAACUGGUUAAAACAGUUGGCUUGAAUCAAAACCCAUUUCAAAUUGAAGCUUCUGAUCUUCCUACUGACAUUACGAGAGGGAUUCUUAAGAGAAAUCGACAAGGAUGUCGGGGACUCUGCAACUGUCUGAAUUGUGCUUCAUUUCGUCUGCAUGCCGAGAAAGCAUUUGAAUUCUCAAGAAAUCAGAUGCAAGAUGCUGAAGAAGUUGUUGUGGAGUUGAUUAAGGAACUUGCAUACCUUCGGAAUGUUUUUGAAAAAUCUGCUGCUGAUGCAAGUAACUUUAUGGUUGUCACCUUCAAUCAGGUUAAAGAAGCAUGUGGCAAAGCUUUGAAAACAGAACAACGGGCAAGAAUGCGCCUUAGCCAAAUGAAUGACGAACUCAACGUUCACUGUAGACUAACACGCUUACAGCGACCAAGGGUUACAUUUGCCAGUAAUGCUGAAAAAAAGUUUAUCCAAGAGGCCGAUUUGCCAAGCAGUCUGAGAAAAUGAUGAAUCCUAUGAACAAUUAUCAACUGUUUGUCUGCGCACAAGUUCUGUGCACACGUAAGGCUUUUCAUGAUGCAGAGGCAGAUCUCAUGGUUCCAUGCAGAGCUGCAUGGUUAGAAAUCUUCCUUUUGUAGAGUGGCAUCUUUGCUGCACAUUUAGCUGUUCAUAGAGUACGAUGCAUUUAGUGGAGCUUGAGUGUUUGAUAGCAAUAUGAGGUCUCUCAUUUAAAGCAUUCUACUUGAAAAAGAAUGAGAUUAUAGUUUAGACAUUUGUGCCUCUAAAAAGACAUAGUCCAUGAAAUUGCCUUUGUGUCCACCUAUAUCAAUUUUUAUUGGACAUACUUUUUGAAGUUUUUACUGUCAGCUCUUGAACAUGAAUUUUCUUUUAAUUUCUGCAUAAGGAC